GCGGCGGGGCGGCGCGGCCCGAGGAGGCGGCGGAGGAGGGGCCGCGCGCGGCCCCAGGCUCACCCCGGCGCUCCGGGCCGCUCGGCCCCCAUGCCUGCCCGCCCGCCCUGCCGGGGCCCCAGGUCCGGGGGCGGAGGGGAGCGCCGCUGGAGGGUGGGCGGGCGGUGCGCCGGGGCCAUGUGCGAGCGGGGCAGGGAGGCGGGCGGGGGGCGGGCUCCAGGCGGGGUCCGGCCUGGGUCACGGUCGGGACCCGGUCGAAAGCCAGACAGGGUCAGGGUCUGGGCGGGAUAUGGCGUCCAGGUCUUAGGGCGCCGGCCUGAGACCAGAAUCGGGCUUGGGCUUCGGAUCUAGUCCCAGGGCAGGGUUCAGUCCGGCACCUGGAGCAUGCCGAAGUCCCAGGGGAGGGCCGGGCUGGAAGAUGGGAAGGGUUUUCUGUCGGGGAAGGGGCUUUGAAGACCACGUGGGGGCGCUCGAAGGGGCCUAGGGCCACCCUCCUCUCUGGGUCAAAGGUCAUCGCACUGGCAGGGGAGAACUUCCUCCUCCUUGGCGCUCCCCCAUUACUUCCUGAUAACCUGAUAGAGGUCCCCCGCGGGCGGAGGGGGAGGGGAGGCGCAGCAACUUUAGGCAACUUCCCGUAGGUGUGCGCAGGUUGGGGGGGGCGGGGCGCCCCGUGGUGGAGGACUCUGCGGCAGCAGGAGUGUAAGAGCGAAUGUGCUGGAGGGGGUGCAAGGAGGUGGAGCCACGCCCGCUGGUGUGCUUGGGGCUGGAGGUGGCGAUGUGUCAGGUGUGAGAGGCUCUGAAUGUGUUUCCACGAGGGACUAUGCCUGUGUGUGUGUGUGUGUGUGUGUGUGUGUGUGUGUGUGUGUGUGAGUGUGGGGGCAUGGUGAGAGUGUAAGAGUGUGUGAGCCAGAGUGUGAUUAUGAGCCUUGGGUGUGACUGUUAUGGGGUGUGCACUUCAGGAGGAGUGUGCGAAGGCAAACGGGAGCAUGAGUGAGUGCUGGGGUUUGGGAAAGGACAUGUGUGAGCGUGAAACUGCCCAGGAGAGUGAUUGUGUGUGAGCGUGUGUGUGCAGGUGAGGACACCUGAGGACCCAGGUGAGUGGGAGUGUGAGGGUGUAAACACACGCACGCGUGUGUGAGCACAUCAACUACCCUUGGGUUUGUGUGCCUCAGUUUAGUUUCUCUCUUGAAUGGAGGAUACCCAGGUGUGGGGGAGAUCACUGAGCUCUCUAACAUCUGGAGAAAAUUUGAGAGGUAUCUCACUCCUGGCUGGGGAUUCCAGACGGGGUUGAAGGUUGCUUGGACACUUAGGUUACCCUAUUCCUUGGCCUGGGUGGGAGUAGGGGGUUUCCAAGCCUUCUGCAGUUUCCCAAGUGGGAGACCGGCUGUCAGUUACUGGCUCUGGAGACUCUGUUUCCAUGGCAACAGUCGCGGGCGGGGGGGGGGGGGGCUCUUCAUGGGCAGCCUUCCUUGGACUCUGUCCCCCCCACCCUCUUGCUGAGCCUGGAAGCCUGGCCCCAGGCCUGGGGUUGGGCAACCAGGGUGACAGGGUGUCUCCAUCCCCCAUCCCAGGGCCUCCCUGUGACCUGACGGGUCUCUUCCCGCAGGUGACCAGCGCCAUGUCCAGCCAGGUGGUGGGCAUUGAGCCUCUCUACAUCAAGGCAGAGCCAGCCAGUCCUGACAGCCCAAAGGGUUCCUCGGAGACUGAGACUGAGCCCCCCGUGGCCCUGGCCCCUGGCCCAGCUCCCACCCGCUGCCUCCCAGGCCACAAGGAGGAGGAGGAUGGGGAGGGGGCUGGGCCUGGCGAGCAGGGUGGUGGGAAGCUGGUGCUCAGCUCCCUGCCCAAACGCCUCUGCCUGGUCUGUGGGGACGUGGCCUCCGGCUACCACUAUGGUGUGGCAUCCUGUGAGGCCUGCAAAGCCUUCUUCAAGAGGACCAUCCAGGGGAGCAUCGAGUACAGCUGUCCAGCCUCCAACGAGUGCGAGAUCACCAAGCGGAGACGCAAGGCCUGCCAGGCCUGUCGCUUCACCAAGUGCCUGCGGGUGGGCAUGCUCAAGGAGGGGGUACGUCUGGACCGUGUCCGGGGUGGGCGACAGAAGUACAAGCGGCGGCCAGAGGUGGACCCGCUGCCCUUCCCAGGCCCCUUCCCUGCUGGACCUCUGGCAGUAGGUGGAGGCCCUCGGAAGACAGCCCCGGUGAAUGCACUGGUGUCCCACCUCCUGGUGGUUGAGCCUGAGAAGCUGUAUGCCAUGCCCGACCCAGCGGGCCCUGAUGGACACCUCCCAGCCGUGGCUACCCUCUGUGACCUCUUUGACCGAGAGAUCGUGGUCACCAUCAGCUGGGCCAAGAGCAUCCCAGGUUUCUCGUCACUGUCGCUGUCUGACCAGAUGUCAGUUCUGCAGAGCGUGUGGAUGGAGGUCCUGGUGUUGGGUGUGGCCCAGCGGUCGCUUCCACUGCAGGAUGAGCUGGCCUUCGCCGAGGACCUGGUCCUGGAUGAAGAGGGGGCUCGAGCAGCUGGCCUGGGGGAGCUGGGGGCUGCCCUGUUGCAGCUGGUGCGGCGACUGCAGGCCCUGCGGCUGGAACGCGAGGAAUACGUUCUGCUGAAGGCCCUGGCCCUCGCCAAUUCAGACUCUGUGCACAUUGAAGAUGCUGAGGCUGUGGAGCAGCUUCGAGAAGCUCUACACGAGGCCCUGCUGGAGUAUGAAGCUGGCCGGGCAGGCCCCGGAGGGGGUGCUGAGCGGAGGCGGGCAGGCAGGCUGCUGCUUACACUACCGCUCCUUCGCCAGACGGCAGGCAAAGUGCUGGCCCAUUUCUAUGGGGUGAAGCUGGAGGGCAAGGUGCCCAUGCACAAGCUGUUCCUGGAGAUGCUUGAGGCCAUGAUGGACUGAGGCGAGGGCUGGGCACAGGUGGGGGUGCUGGCAGGACCCGCCCAGCACGGGGUCAGCCCCAAGGGGGCAGAGCUGGGGUCUGGGCAGUGCCGCAGCCUGCUGGCAGGGCCAGGGCAACACCAUCAGCCGGAGCAGGCCCUAUGCCCUCCCCUCCCCCCAGGGGGUGUCAGAAGCUGGGAACGUGCAUGCCCAGGCUCUGGGCACAGUGCUGCCCCUCGCAAGCCAUAACGUGCCCCCAGGGUGUAGGGGGCCUUGCGGAAGCCAUAGGGGGCUGUAGGGGACGUGUGUGUGUGUGUGUGUGUGUGUGUGCGUGUGCGUGUGUGUGUGUAUGUGGGGUGGGGGGGGGCAGAAGCCUGAUCUCAGGGAGGGAAGGGAGUGGAGGCCACAGGCUCCCAGUGGGUGAUGCUUUUGCUGCUGCUUAGUCCGACUCCCUCUCCAGAACAGAGAGGGAUUUGGAGAGCAAAGGCCCCUGCUCCCUUCGCUCCUUUCCUCAUCAUUUGCAUUGGGCAUUACUGCCCCCCCCCCUUGAAGCAAUAACUCCAAGCAGGCUCCAGCCCCUGGGCCCCUGGGGUGGCCAGGGCGCCCACAUCAGCUCCCACCCAGCCUCCUCACGGGGUAGGGAGAGCACUGUCUCUAUGCCCUGCAGAGCAAUAACACUAUAUUUAUUUUUGGGUUUGGCCAGGGAGGCGCAGGGACAUGGGGCAAGCCAGGGCCCAGAGCCCUUGGCUGUACAGAGACUCUAUUUUAAUGUAUAUUUGCUGCAAAGAAAAACCGCUUUUGGUUUUGAACCUUUAAUGAGAAAAAAAAUAUAAUACCGAGCUCAAGAA